AUGCCUUACCUCUACCGGGCCGCGGGGCCCCAGGAGCCCCCGGCUCCCAGGGACGCCCGCAGCACCCACUCCUCCAGGCAGACCUUCGAGCAGCUGAGGCAGGAGUGCCUGCGGAAGGGCAUCCUGUUUGAGGAUGCUGACUUCCCAGCCAACAGCUCCUCUCUGUUCUACAGCGAGAGGCCCCAGAUCCCCUUCGUGUGGAAACGACCAGGGGAAAUAGUGAAAAAUCCAGAAUUCAUUCUUGGAGGGGCCACCAGGACGGACAUCUGCCAGGGGGAGCUCGGUGACUGCUGGCUGCUGGCCGCCGUCGCCUCCCUCACACUUAACGAAAAAGCGCUGGCGAGAGUCGUCCCCCAAGAUCAGAGCUUUGGCCCCGGCUAUGCCGGCAUAUUCCACUUCCAGUUCUGGCAGCACAGUGAGUGGCUGGACGUGGUGGUGGAUGACCGACUGCCCACCUUCAGGGACCGCCUGAUCUUCCUCCACUCCGCCGACCACAACGAGUUCUGGAGCGCCUUGCUGGAGAAAGCCUACGCCAAGCUGAACGGGAGCUACGAGGCUCUGAAGGGAGGCAGCACCAUCGAGGCCAUGGAGGACUUCACCGGGGGCGUGGCAGAGACCUUCGCAACUAGAGAGGCUCCGGAGAACUUCUGUGAGAUUCUGGAGAAGGCCUUGAAGAGGGGCUCCCUGGUGGGCUGCUCCAUUGAUAUCAGAAACUCCGCAGAAUCAGAAGCCCGAACGCCUUUUGGUCUUAUUAAGGGCCACGCCUACACUGUGACGGGAAUUGACCAGGUAAACUUUCGAGGCCGGAGAACCAAGCUCAUCCGAGUGCGGAACCCGUGGGGCCAGGUGGAGUGGAGUGGGUCCUGGAGCGACAGCUCCCCCGAGUGGCGUGCAGUCAGCCCAGCUGAGCAACAGCGCCUGCAUCACACCGCUCUUGACGACGGAGAGUUCUGGAUGGCUUUCGACGACUUCGCGGCCCAUUUUGACAAAGUGGAGGUCUGCAACCUCACGCCCAACGCCCUGGAGGACGGGGCUGCGCACCGGUGGGAGGUCACCGUCCACCAAGGAAGCUGGGUGCGGGGCUCCACGGCCGGGGGCUGCCGCAACUUCCUGGAUACCUUUUGGACCAACCCACAAAUAAAGCUGUCCCUGACCGAGGAGGAUGAGGGGCAGGAGGGGUGCACGAUACUUGUGGCUCUGAUGCAGAAGGACCGAAGGAAGCUCAAGAGGUUCGGCGCCGACGUGCUGACCAUCGGCUACGCCAUUUACCAGUGCCCGGACAAAGAGGAGCACCUGAGCAAAGACUUCUUCCGGUACCACGCUUCCCAGGCCAGAAGCAAAACCUUCGUGAACCUGAGAGAAGUCUCGGACAGGUUCAAGCUGCCCCCUGGGGAGUACAUCCUGAUUCCCAGCACCUUCGAGCCCCAUCAGGAAGCCGAUUUCUGCCUGAGGAUCUUUUCGGAGAAGAAAGCCAUCACCCGACAUUGCAGGGAUCACAGAGCAUGGCGAAGUCGACUAAUUCUGUGUUUGAGCCAGAUCACUGCCCAGCAAAGGACAACCUCAGCCACCACGACAGAGACGGCCGUGGCUGCACAGCCUGCCCUGGGUGACUCAGGGCGCGUCAGCCUCCGUUGGGUGGGAUGGAACUGGAUGGACGGCGCAUGCAGAACACUUCUGAUUACAAAGUCUGGUUGGGUUUCCCAGGCUGAGCACAAAAGGCGUGGCAUGUUCUCAUCAGCUAAAUGGAAGCAAUGGCGUCUUUAAUUUUUACAAACUCUGCUGGAAAAUUGUCCUCCAGCCUCUCCCAGACACUAGCACAAGCUGAGCACGUUUCCCAGGAUCUGUGCCCACGAAAGCACCCCAGAGGGGGUCCGUGCAGAUUGGCGACUUCCGUGGGUGGCAAGAACCAGAGAGAGAGCGCUAGGCUGUGCAAUCCUGCACUCCGUGUUCCCUGUCCGGUCAGUGGGUCCCGCACCGUCCUCGGCCCCUGCAGGCAGCUGACACGUGACGGAGCUAACUCCCCGCUCACGCUUCACGGACAAGCACUUUCACCUGCUGUGAUACUGAGCCCGGAAUCAGCUCGUCCCACAAUAAAAGCGUUCUGGCUGGCGCUGUCAUGCGCUCAAGGGAUGAGGAGCACGGGAGGGUCCCCCUACCUCCGUCCCAGUGUUUGCUUAUUUGUGCUCCCUUCGAGUUUCUUUUUUUAAGAUUUUAUUUAUUUAUUUUUAGAGAGGGAGGGAGGGAGAAAGAGAGGGAGAGAAACAUCAGUGUGUGGUUCCCCCUCGCUCUCGUGGCACCCAGGACCUGGCCUGCAACCCAGACCUGUGCCUUGACUGAGAAUUGAGCCGGCGACCCUUUGGUUUGCAGGCCGGCACUCAGUCCACUGAGCUGCACCAGCCAGGUCUUGCUUCCGAGUUUCUAGCAGACUUUCUCCGGGCAUGCUCCAGGUUUUGCUCUGCAAGACUGGAAUUCUCCAAACGUUUUCAGGAUCGACAAAGGCUGAAGCCUGUUCAUCCUCUCAGCAUCCCUGCCUUCCAUAACUGUGUUCCCCUGAACAUGUGAGCAGCGAACAAAGGCGUUUUCAGCAAUUUCCGCAGGCAGAGCACGUCCACACACACGCCCCAGCCCACCCCGCGGUGGGGUCACGGAUCUAUUGCCUGGAAAGGGGCAUUUCAGACACGCUCUGUUUUAUCUCCACCCAGUUUGCUCUAUAAUCUUUAAAAUCCCCCCACAAAUGUUUAACCCUCAGUGGCUCCACGACUGUCUCCUAUGACCACGGGUCUCCUUUGGCAACGGAGAGCGUAUGGGGAGCUCAGUGACACUGCUCAGCUCCCGGGAACUUUGGGACGCUGCUGUCCUACAUAACUCUUCAUAAAUGCCCCGUUAAAGCACACCCGGGAAACCAGAAUGGCUGCAGCUCAGCUUUUCCCCCCGGAAAUCCAGAACGUGCGUGUUCCUGCAGGGGAGGCCAGGCCGCCGCCCUGUUUUCCUGCGGAAGGCCCCGAGUGCCGAGGGCAGGGCUGGUGCCUGGGCUCCUCGGACCCUGGGAAAAGUCAACACACUGCAAAGCGGGGCUCAGGUGGGACGGAACCGGCCAGCACCUCCGGACCCUCUGGCGCCACAGAUCCUAACGGGGAAGCU